AUGGCCAAACACGUGGAGGCUGAUGGUCUGCGGGCGGACGUCGUAGAUGUGACGGGUCCGGGCGCGGACGCUGCCCUCGCCCGAGUGGCGGUACAUCACCUUCUCUACGCCGCAUAUCCCGCGGUUGCCAUCGGAUAUCCGAGUGCUGAGCUCAUACAGCGGUUGAUCGGGGCGGCCGACCGGGUGGAUCUGGACGCCGUUCAGGACGAGCGACGGGAGUUCGCUUCCGAAGAGCUGCUCUCGCGGGUCUGA